AAAUUUCCGAACACUAAACGGAAGGGAUGCAGAAACUGCGGGGGUGGUAAAGUGUGGGAAGAAGACCGUUCAAGUGUUUUGAUAUUGGUUUGGGACGAGGAGUAAGUUAAUUUGUGUAGCUUUUCCAUCAAAACGGCGUCGUAAUCAUACGUUGGUAUUCAGACAGCAUGAAAACUCCGAUUUCGGGUUUCUACAGAAACCCCGUGAAGUUCAGAAUGCCAACUGCGGAGAACUUGGUUCCCAUUCGAUUGGACAUCGAAAUCGAGGGGCAGAGAUACAAGGACGCGUUCACUUGGAACCCUUCUGAUCCCGAUUCCGAGGUUGUCGUCUUUGCAAAAAGGACUGUUAAAGACUUGAAGCUCCCUCCCGCCUUUGUAACACAAAUUGCUCAAUCAAUUCAAUCACAGCUUUCGGAGUUUCGGUCCUAUGAAGGCCAGGAUAUGUAUGCUGGGGAGAAGAUUGUUCCGAUCAAGCUUGAUCUUCGUGUUAAUCAUACGCUCGUGAAGGACCAGUUUUUAUGGGACUUGAACAACUUUGAGAGUGACCCUGAAGAGUUUGCCAGAAUCUUCUGCAAGGACACGGGCAUUGAAGAUCCUGAGGUUGGACCAGCUAUUGCCUUUGCUAUCAGAGAGCAGCUUUAUGAGAUUGCAAUUCAAAGUGUGGUUUCAGCAAGAGAAAGCAGAAUGAGCAAGAAGGGUCGUCGAGGGGCUGAAUAUACUCCAGUCAGUAAAGGAGGUGCAGCAGCAGUGGACUUGGUCAAGUUGUUUGGUCCGAAAUCUAGUGUAGUUCGGCUUGGCCUGUUGUGGUUGAAUGUAACAGGAAAAGAAAGGAGUGGGACGUAUAUGAACCUAUUGUGGACCUACUAUCCAACGAGGAAGUUGAUGCCCUUGAAGCGAAGGAAGAGAGAAAUUUCAGGUGAAUUCGCCCCAUGGUCAGCCACGCCACAUCAGAAGGGUAUAUAGUUCAAUGACAACAUAUAUUGGAGGGUUAGAGUUCGAAGUUAUUGUAGUAUAUACAAGCUGGUUUUUUAGUACGGGCAAUCAAUGAUUCAGAAUAUUGUUAUCGUUUGAUUUCUUUGGUUUGUAGUCUUGUAGAGUUUCUUAUUUGUUCUCUGUACCCUCGGCAGAAGAGGAGGGAAAAAAAUAGCACCCCCACGGCCCCACCUACUCUCUUUAUAUAUUUUUUCUGUCAAACUUAGCAGCAGCAACAAUGAAGUCAUUUCUCAUUAGGUGGGUUUUCCGUGAAACUAAGAAGUCCCAAAACUGUCAAUAAUGGGUUCCGAAUGAUGGAUAUUUUAAGUUAAAAGUAGUUAGAUUAGUGUUUCUCCCUGAA